CUUUAUCCCAAAGUCAUCAUUAACUUUGGCUCCAACCCCAACAAAGGUCAUCACCGACAAGGCAGAGAUCGCUCGAUGCGGGCCCAGGGCAAGCUCAUCGGGCUGGUCCCCACCAUGGGCUUCCUCCACGCGGGCCACCUCUCCCUCGUGGCCCAGGCCCGCCAACUCUCCAUCUACGUAAACCCAGGCACGAGAGCUGGGAAGAGCAGGCCCGUUUUCUUCAGAGGGUUGGCGACUGUGGUGACGAAGCUUCAUUUUAUAGUUUCUGAUCUUGAUUUUUCCAUAAAAGUCAUAGGUGCUGAAAUAAUACGUGAUAAUGAUGGCCUGGCAAUGAGUUCACGUAAUGUGCACCUUUCACCUGAAGAGAGGGAAAAAGGUAUUUUAUUCAACUAUUGUUUUUUCAAGAUUAAUUUUAUUGGUGUGGUUUUGUUCCAGCAAAAACUAUGCCAAGGACAAAAGGCCAGCACAAGGCACCUGCUUCCUUAAGGCAUGUGGUCUGUUUUACACAUUAGGCUUGCUGUAAUUUAUGUCAAGUACCACCAUACAUUGAAGAUAGCUAGGAAUACUGUUGGAAUGGACAAUCUGGUAACUAUCCUUAUGGAUCAAAUUUGUAAACUUUUGGAUUAGUAUAAUAAACUCGAGGGUUUUCUGGUUGAUUUUUUUUUUCACUUUCUAUAUUUCAAGCCAAAAAUUGUAUUAGGAAGCACUUGAAUCUGAGCUUUUUUGUACCAGUGUAUAAUUGUCCCAAGAGUGGGGUACAUGGGAAGAUAAUCAUGAAUAAAAUGGAUCAGGGUACAAUCCA